AUGUUUCCUUUCUAUGAUUCCCCUAGCCCCAUGGACUUGCCCCUUUACCAACAGCUGCAGAUCAGCCCUCCCUCGCCAAAGGCGCCGGAUCACCAAUCCUUGCUCUACUACCAUUCCUCCCCUGCAUUUGCCGCCGACUCCUUCCACCACAGCUACCUCUGUGCCGGUGCCGCGACGCCCACGCCGCCCGCGGCCGAGAUCGACAACCAGUCGCCGCCGGAGCUGCUGCUGAUGGAUCAGGCUCCGGCGCCAAGGGCAGACGGUGUUGGAACCGCACAAGGCCUGCACGGCGGUGGAGGCCUCGACAGCGCGGCGGCCGCCGCGGCCAGGAAAGACCGGCACAGCAAGAUAUGCACCGCCGGCGGGAUGAGGGACCGGCGGAUGCGGCUCUCCCUCGACGUCGCCCGCAAGUUCUUCGCGCUCCAGGACAUGCUCGGCUUCGACAAGGCCAGCAAGACGGUGCAAUGGCUCCUCAAUACGUCAAAGGGCGCCAUCAGGGAGGUCAUGACUGACGAGGCGUCCUCCGACUGCGAGGAGGACGGCUCCAGCAGCCUCUCCGUCGUCGACGGCAAGCACAAGCCGCCAGGGACGGAGGCUGAAGGUGGUGAUCACGGCGAGGGGAAGAAGCAGGUGCCAAGGGCAGCCAGAAGGGCACCCGCCAAACCAAAGCCGCAAAGGAAAUUGGCCAGUGCGCACCCGAUCCCCGACAAGGAGUCGAGGACGAAGGCGCGGGAGAGGGCGAGGGAGCGGACUAGGGAAAAGAACCGGAUGCGAUGGGUGACGCUCGCGUCCACAAUUAACAUCGAGCCGGCAGCCACCGGCAUGGCGGCGGCGAGGGCGGACGAGUUCGUCACGAGGCCGAACAAUUUGAUCAGUCGCUCCUCGUCCAUGAACACAGCAAGAGCUGAAUUGGAGGAGGGGUGCUCGUCGUCCAUGCCGAGCGAAGCGAUCAUGGCUGGCUUCGGCAAUGGAGGAUACGGAAGCAGCGGUAACUACUACCAGUAUCAGCUGGAGCAGCAAUGGGAGCUCGGUGGAGUGGUGUUUCCCAACUCCCAGCCCUACUGA